AUGGCAGCCAAAGUUCCUAGAAACUUUCGCCUUCUUGAAGAGCUGGAAAAGGGAGAAAAGGGAAUGGGCCCUGAGGCAUGCUCAUACGGCCUGGCUGAUGGAGACGACUUGAUGAUGACGAACUGGAAUGGCACAAUCCUCGGCCCACCACACAGCGUACAUGAGAACCGGAUAUACAGUGUCAACAUUCACUGCGGUGAACAGUAUCCGGAUGUGCCUCCCACUAUUCAGUUUGUCUCAUACAUGGCACUACCACAACAUAAGAAACUCCCCCAACCACAAGAAGGGUCAACCUUUUAA